GGAUUUAAAUCGGGUCUUUGUUCAGUGACAUAUUGGGAGUGAAUUUGUACUGAAUAGUUUACUGUUAAUAUAUGUCGUAGAAAAAUUCACUUCUUACAUGAAGGUGUUAAUGUAUUCAUUGAAGCUCAAAUUUGUUUAAACGGAAAAGUUAUUUUAUGAUGUUGAAUAGAAGACCGGUGAAAGGAAAUAAUACAGUGUAAAAAGUUAUCAAGUGAAACAUAUUUAAUUGACAGAAGGAACAUCGGUUUUCAAUCAGUGCUUACAAAACUUGAAAGUUCAAAUUCUGGUUACUAAUCAUGACUUGAUGAUGCUUACAUUUUAGUAUGUAUUAUCAAAAGAAUGUAAAUUUUAUCGUAAAUUGAAUUUUUGUAAAGCUUUAAAUAGUGUUAAUUUUUAUUUUGGUACGAUAUAACUCAGGAAUUAUGGCUACUAAAACUACACGGAAUGUGAGUGGGAAAGGAAGUGUGCGUCCCCUCGGCUCUAUUAAACAUAAUACAGGAAAUGACAGAAUACCUAAACUUCCAUCUUUUACGAAAAAUGUGGAGAAAAGUAAAAUGGAAAAUGUUGGAAUUCAUGGGAAUGCUAUGAAUGUACCUCCGCCUAAAAUUAAGGAGGAUAUAAAGCCAAAAACACUAUCAGCAAAGUCUGAUUCAAGUUCAAGUACAAAAUCAGUGGAAAAUAUGGUAGAUAAAAAAGAACUACAAGAAGCAAAGGCAAGAGAAAAAGAUUUAUUAAAGAAAAUAGCUGAACUCCAAAAAAUUAUAGAAGAACUGAAAGAACAGAUAACAGAAAAAGAUAAAACUAUUUCUAGUCUGGAAAAUAAGUUAAAAGAGCAGGAACAAACAUAUAAAGACAAAUUAGAUGAAGAAAAACAACUACACAGCAAUACAAAGAAUAGUCUAGAGAGUUUACGAAAGGAACUAGAGGCCAGUAAGGAGGAGAAUAAACGCAUAGCAAAACGCAAUGAAGAACUAUUGAAUAAAUUCAAAAAUGAGAUGGAUGAAAAAUUAAAAGAUAUCACAGAAUUAAAGGAUAAGGAAUUAGCAUUACGAGACGAAAAACUCAACAGACUGAAAAAACAAAUGGCUGACGCAUUAAAAGGAAACUCAUGGGAAAGACAACAGCAAUUAGAGGAAUUAACAAAAGAGUUGGCACGGUUACAAGAGGAAUGUGAUACCCUUAGAAUGAAACUUAAAUCAUUUAAAUCAAAGGGAUCCUGUCCAAAUUGCAGUGACUCUAAUGGUAAACUUGAAAGACUUUUCAUUGACUGCAAAGAAAAAGACAAAACAAUUAAAGAUCUGAAAAUUUUAGUGACUAAAUUUGAAAAACAACUUAAUCAGCAAGAUGUUUUACUGAAAAACUUGGGUGAAAGCAAAGGUCACAAGGUCAACUAUAAACCAUAGUUAAUAGCUGUUAUAUAUUUUAGAAUUAUUGUAUAUGAUACAAUGUGCACGCAAUGAACACUUUGUGUAAGGUUUAAUAGAACGUAGAGGCAACUGUUUUGUCUGUAAGCAGUAUUAUAUAAUGAACAAAGAUAUUAGCAAAAUGUUCAGGAAACAUUUACAGAAUGUUUAAAACUAUCAUUUAAGAUUCAUUAUCAACUAUUGAUCAGAAUAAUAGAUUGUAUUCUUGGCCAUUGGCAGAGGGAUGUCUUUAUUAUAGAUCCCCUAUCAUUAGAUUAUUUAUACUAUAUGAUAGUUGAUGAGAUUAUUAGGCUUAUUUCUGAUCUGUGCCUGAUCUUGAUGGUGAAAUUGGUUUCUGUUGUCUGCAUUUUAUUAUCAAAUAUUUAAUUGAACAACUUGUUACUGAGAUACAUUUAUUUUCAUGGAUACCAAAUUUUUGUGUAUCAGGAAAAAUUGUGUUUUUCGUGGAUAUUUGAUAUCCUGGUUUUGCCAAAGUCUGCAUACAUCCCUAUAGAAAAUUAAUACUUUGUUGAAUAUUUAAAUUGAUCUUUUUCUAAACUCACGGAAAUUCUUGGGAAUAACAAAGAUUCACUGAAGAACUACAGUCAGUCAAAUAAUGGCAAUUGAAACUUUUAAAAGUACAGCCACAUGGAUUGAAUGAACUUUUAAUGGUACAUAUAUUUUUAAAUGUAGUGUACAUGAACGAAGGAUAAAAUAGUUGUCUACGGAUAGAGUGAAGAAAAGAAUGUUUUAUUCUUUCUUAUUCAUAUUUUGAAAUUAUGCAUAUAAUGCAUUUAUAGGUAAAUAGUAAGUAGAAAUGUUUUAUGUAUGUUAGUAUCAGAAUGAAUCAGGAACAAAGAUGUAGUACUGUCAUUUACUGUUGUUUUACUCCGUCAGUCUUAAGCUUUUUCAUGAGUAUGUAACAAUGGUAUUGAGCAGGUAAUCUCCCUUUAAUUUAUUCUUUGUCUACGCCUACAAUAGUAGAGUGCAAUUUUGUUCUCUGGUCUGCCCAUCCCUCGAACCUAUAUCAAAUAAAGUUGUGAGCUUUUUUAAUUAUAUGAAAAAUUACAGUUUUGUUCCCAAAUAUACUGUUCAUUGAGCAAGGAAAAUGAUUAUUCAAGCAGGUCAUUGGGAUCUAUGAACACCUAAUUCCUGUCUAUUUUAAUAUUCAAAAGAGUUAUGGAACUUUUGUUGCCAAAAAAAAAACGUUAUAGAGUUUUCCAUGGUUGGUAUUACAUUGUAUUCAUUGAUAUAUUCUCUUUAGAUUUUUACAUAAGUUUAGAACCAGAUUGAAAUAAUUCCAGUUAUAAAUAAUUUAACAGUUUUGUUUAUUUCAAAAUAUUCACACUUUUAUCUUAGCACAAAAUCAUAUUGAUUUAUUACAAUCUAUUGUAUUAAAUAUGAUUGUAAUUUCUUUGCAAUUGAAAUCCUUAUUAUUUAUUGAGUUUAGUUACUUAUUUCAUUGAAGGUUGCUAGGCAUUAAUGUGUCAAAUUUCUAAUUGAGUAAUGUUUAAUGUCAAAAUUGCCUUGAAAAGUGCCUGUGCCAUCCAUUUAUUUAUACUUCUCUGAUUAACUCAUGUGCCAAAAUUACUGCCUCAAAAUCUCACAUAUUAGUACACUCAAAGACUGCUGAGUUUGCCAUAGUUGAAAAAUAAAGAUAUAUCGAAGGCUACUCAGUUGGCCAUAGCUGAAAAAUAAGCAUACACAGAAUGUUAGCAAAACUAGAUUUGUGUGUUUUUGCUGUAGUUAAUGUUUUGUUUACAGGAUUCUUACCUGGAUAAGAUAAAUUACUUAAUCCUUGUACAGCAACAUUAUGAUAGAACUGUUAUAUGUGUAUGAUAUAUGUUAUAGAAUAGGGAAACACUGAUGUUUUAAACUGAUGAGUUCUUUAAAAAUGGCCUAUGGCUUUUUAAGGUCAGGUAAAAAAUGUGUAGAUUAUGAUAAUUUUGUACUGAGUGUAUGUUCAAAGAAAAUAAAUGUUUAUCAUUAUACUGCUUUGAUUUAAUCAUACAUAUAAAUGCUUGUCAUCUAUACUUUAAAUGGUGUGGUCACAUUGAAUGCUGAUUAGUUAUACUUUACUGCUGUAGUACAUGUAUUAUGAAUGCUGAUAAGUUUUAUCAUAUGAAAGGUUAUUAGGUAAGCUUAACUAGUGAAGUCACAUGAUUUCUGAUUAUAAUACACCUUAUCGCUAUUUGUUUGUCAUUACCAGACAUCACAAAGGUUCCUGUAAAAUUUUAACGUCAUAAUAGAAAAUGUCUGACGCCACAAUGGAAAAGUGAUUGUUGUAUGACGUCAAUAUUUCAAGUGUCGCAGAUUCUUGGUUCAAGUGUCGCAUAUUCCCAAAUAGUAAUAAGGUCUAUUAGUUAUACUUAACUGAUGUGGUCACAUGACUUCUGAUUAUAAUUAGUUAUACUUGACUGAUGUGGUCACAUGACUUCUGAUUAUAAUUAGUUAUACUUUACUGAUGUGGUCACAUGACUUCUGAUUAUAAUUAGUUAUACUUUACUGAUGUGGUCACAUGACUUCUGAUUAUAAUUAGUUAUACUUUACUGAUGUGGUCACAUGACUUCUGAUUAUAAUUAGUUAUACUUUACUGAUGUGGUCACAUGACUUCUGAUUAUAAUUAAUUAUACUUGACUGAUGUUAUAAACAUGGGUUCUGAUAAUAAUUAGUUAUACUUGACUGAUGUGGUCACAUGACUUCUGAUUAUAAUUAGUUAUACUUGACUGAUGUGGUCACAUGACUUCUGAUUAUAAUUAGUUAUACUUGACUGAUGUGGUCACAUGACUUCUGAUUAUAAUUAGUUAUACUUGACUGAUGUUAUAAACAUGGGUUCUGAUAAUAAUUAGUUAUACUUGACUGAUGUGGUCACAUGCAUGCUGAUUAUAAUUAGUUAUACUUGACUGAUGUGGUCACAUGACUUCUGAUUAUAAUUAGUUAUACUUGACUGAUGUGGUCACAUGACUUCUGAUUAUAAUUAGUUAUACUUGACUGAUGUUAUAAAUAUGGGUUCUGAUUAUAAUUAGUUAUACUUGACUGAUGUGGUCACAUGCAUGCUGAUAAGUUCAACACAGCUGGUUUAGUAAAAUAAAUGUUGUAUUGGCAUAGACCCAUGAAUGCUGUUCAAUGUCUCAAAUUGUAGUGCUUUAGUUAUGUGUAAUACAUAGUGCUUAUUAAAAGUAUACAAUUACAUUUAUAAUUGGUCUAUAUUUUGGAUAGGUUGUCAGAAAGAGGAAUUAUUUUUGCUGCAUAUUAGUCUAUCUGAAUUUAACAGGUGAUCAGAAGAUUUCAGUAUGGUUGUGAGAUUUACUGUUUGUUCAUGUUGUUGUUGAGAUUCUGUCCAGUAGUAGAUAGAGAAAAAAGGAGCAAUUUUUAUGACACCAUUUCUCAAUUAACUUUCAUGAGUUUUUAUCUCAAAAAGCAGCUUCAAUGUAUUAAAUAAUUUCUCUGGUAUUUUUAUUAAAUAUUAUAUUUAAGUUUUCAUAAAAUGUAGUUCUCAUGCCAUGAUUCACUCUGUUUGUUUUGUUUUGUUAGGUCAGAAAUUAUGCUUUAAUUCAAAUAAUUGAUUUGAAAAUGAUUAUUUUAUAUAUAAUAAAACUAUGUAUAGGACCUCUGAAAAUAUGAAACUUUCCUUCAGAAAUUACUAUAAAUAUGUGUUUUUAAAGCCAUCAUUUUACUGAGAAAGAGAUAUGAAAUACAUAGCACUGGUAUGUUGCUAUGGUCAUGAUGGUACAGUACUAUAUGAGCCUCUUUUUUUUAAUUCAGUUGAAAAUUGCUGAAAUUGUUUUAUAACUGUGAUAUUUUAAACCUAGCCUGUGAUUUUUUAGUUUAAUUUUUUAGUUUACUUUAUUCGAUUUAUUCAAUUGUGACUUUACAUGGAAAAUAAAAUAUAUUGUUCAA